ACGCCUGACAUUCACCAGAGGUUAUCAGCAGCAAGCUUGUUGUAGACACUCAGAGUAACUUCACACCGUCAACAUGGUCGACUGGACAGACGCUGAGCGCAAGGCCAUUGUGGGCCUGUGGAGCAAGAUCAGCGUCGACGAAAUUGGUCCCUUGGCACUGGCCAGGCUUCUCAUCGUGAAUCCGUGGACUCAAAGGCACUUCGACAAAUUUGGUAACCUGUCCAGCCCCACUGCCAUUAUGGGAAAUGCCAAGGUGGCCCAGCAUGGAAGAGUUGUCAUGGGUGGACUUGACAGGGCUGUGAAGAACCUCGACCACAUCAAGGACGCUUACGUUGACCUGAGUCACAUGCACUCUGAGAAACUUCACGUGGAUCCUGAUAACUUUAGGCUUCUAGGUGAGUGCAUCACUGUGUGUGUGGCUAUGAAGUUUGGUCCCAGCGUCUUCACUGCUGAGGUGCAGGAGGCCUGGCAAAAAUUCCUGACAGUUGUCGUCGAGUCUCUCAGUAGACAGUACCAUUAGGCUCUGGAGCGGCGUUGUUUUUCAGAGAUGUGCAGAUAGUUCCAUACUAUCUAGUAUAUAACGCAGUGCAGCUGUGAAAUACAAAACUGAAAAUAAAACUUAGGUGAAAACAA